UGGAAUUAUUGGACGGCGGGACGCGCAAUGGGCACCUGGGGAAGGUGGGCCUGGUGCCCAGGAGCCGUGAACCUUCCCGACUCGCUUUCCUGGGCUUCGGGGCAACCAGACAAUAAUCAGACCAAUGAGGAUUGCCUGCACUUGCAAGUGACCAAAAAUUCGAGCGGAAUACUUUUGUCAGACCGGAAUUGCAGCCACAAAUUCGUCAUCGCUUGCCAGGGUGGCGCGUUGAUGGCGUCUAACUGCACCAAGCCAAACUGUUCGAUGGAGUGCAGCAAAAAUGAUUCGAUUUUUACAAACGGAACAUUAAAUGAUCUAUUUGUUCACGGCCAGUGGAAUGCCGGUUGUGGAAAGGAUUAUCUGUUUUCAACUGCGACUCUGGAUUGGUUGGGCGCGUGGAAAUAUUGCUGCUCCAUUGGAAUGAAAUUGGCCUCGAUUGAAGCUCUGGAGGAAUUGAAUUGUCUUACGCAAAUGGUUGCGAAAUAUCCCAAAGCAGCCUACCCUGAUCAAUGUGGAAGAGAUUUCUGGACAUCUGGCACCAAUCGAGGUUGUCCAGGAGCUCACUUCUGGUGUUCAGAAAAUGAAAAAUUGAACAAGGAAGAAAUAGCCAACUGGAAAAACGGGAAAAUGCCCUCGGAGAGUUCUGAUCAAUGCAUUUUCAUUAAUUUGUCAAAUUCAACUUUGAAUGAGACCUAUUUGGGCGCUGACUCUUGUACCAAGCAAAAACAGUUUCUCUGUGAAGCUUUGCAACCGGGCACAAAAUCGGUGCAAAUCGCGCGCUCUUGCUCGGAAAUUUGGAAUGUGACAGACAGUGAAGUGGAUGAUAUAAUCAUGAAUCCAAGCGGCGACGUCGUCAACCAAAGACGCAAUCUCAAAUGCUAUCUAAGGUGCUGUGGGAAAAAAGGAAACGUGAUAAAAACCGGGUCACUGGUGACGGAUAACAUUUUGCGCAACUUAGAGGACUUGACGGCCGACGACCCGCAAGCCAUGCAGAAUGGCUUUGGAAAUUUUGAUUCCUGCACUUCCAUUCAGUUCACGGACGAGUGCCACACUACGGCCCAGAUGUUCCAGUGUGGCAAGAAAAAUGAUCCAGACCUGACUUUAGGACUCGUCACUGCCAUCAAAGGAGACGCCAAUGUUUCAGUAACUGCUACAGGGGGAAUUACAACUGGCAAUCGAGUGUGUCCUCUGUAUCCCAGUUGUGUACCAAACCAAACAAAGAUUGAUGAACUUAAAAAAACUGGAACUGUAUUUGGAGGAACAGUCAUUACUAUAUCGACUGGCAAAAAAUACUUUAUGGCAUAUGUCUUAGGAAUUAUCGACGCUCAAGCCGAAGCAGACUACUGCUGCAAAAUUGGCAGCCACCUUGCCAUCUUCGAAAGCUUAGAGGAUUUCAACGCUUUUAUGCAAGUCUUUCCAGAAGUUACAGGCCACUGGGUUUUCAUUGGACCGACUUUCGAUAACGGCGAUGGCACCGACAGCUGGUGCUCAACCUUCAAGAAGCUGCCAGCAGGAUUGAUCACAGAUAUCGACAAAUAUUAUCGCAACCAGCAGUGGAACUCUACUCGAAUUUACUUGACGAAAGCCGGCGGAUUAGUAUUAAAUCCAACAGGAGGCAAGGUUAACCGAGUUUUAUGUGGCCCACUUACCUACUAGACUAUCUGAAUUUUGAUCAAUUUAGAAAACUCAUUUUCAAAAUUAAAAUUAUUGAAAAUAUUUAAAUAUAAGACCGUUUUCAUCAUAUAUGUGUGAUGAAUGUGGAGUUUUGUAAUGGUGUUAUUCUUGCCAACAAAAUAACAAUAAAAAAAAUA